AAACAACUAUGGCCGAAUUAUUUCUGUUCAGCAUAGCAGAGUCACUCAUAGCAAAGCUUGCUUCUCAUGCUUUUCAAGAAGCUUCUCGAGUGGUGGGUUUAUACCACGAUCUUCGAAACCUUAGAAAGACUCUCUAUUUAGUCAAGGCUGUUCUGUUAGAUGCUCAGCAAAAGCAAGAUCACAACCAUCAACUCCGCGAAUGGCUCACUCACCUUAAAACUGUCUUCUCCGAAGCCGAAGAUGUUUUGGAUGAAUUUGAGUGUCAAACACUGCAAAACAAAGUGGUCAAAGCUCAUGGUAACACCAAAGAAAAGGUAAGUCACUUCUUAUCCACUUCUAAUCCACUUCUUUUUCGCUACAAGAUGACACAACAAAUUAAAUAUAUCAACAAAAGACUAGACAAGGUUGCAGCGCAUAGGCAUAAGUUUAGUCUUCAAAUAAUUGAUGUUGACACACGUGUUGUUUAUCGGAGAGAUAUGACACACUCCCGUGUCAGUGAUUCAGAUGUGAUAGGAAGAAAAAACGACAAAGAAAAGAUCAUAGAGCUUUUGAUGCAGCAGAAUCCUAAUGAUGAUGAUACAAGUCUGUCUGUUAUCCCCAUUGUGGGGAUUGGAGGCUUGGGAAAGACUACGCUUGCAAAGUUUGUGUUCAAUGACAACAGGAUCCAGGAGUGCUUCCCAUUGAAGAUGUGGGUGUGUGUUUCAGAUGACUUUGACAUUAAGCAACUUAUUAUCAAAAUCAUCAAUUCUGCCAAUGAUGAAGAUGUUCCUCCUCACCAACAGAAUUUGAACAUGUUGGAUCUGGAGCAACUGCAAAAGCAAUUGAAAAGAACACUUUCCGGUCAAAAGUUCUUACUCGUAUUGGACGACGUAUGGAACGAAGACCGUGUUAAAUGGGUUGAGUUGAGGAAUUUAAUCCAAGUAAGCGGAGCAGGAAGUAAAGUUGUAGUGACCACACGUAGUCAUUCCAUUGCUUCUAUGAUGGGUACAGUUCCCUCUCACAUUUUAGAAGGUCUUUCUGAGCAGGAGUCAUUGUCUGUGUUUGUGAAGUGGGCAUUUAAAGAAGGAGAGGAAGAAAAACAUCCUCACUUAGUGAAUAUUGGCAGAGAAAUUGUGAAAAAAUGCAGAGGGGUUCCAUUGGCAGUGAGAACAUUAGGUAGUUUACUAUUCUCGAAAUUUGAGGACAGUGAAUGGGAAUAUGUGAGUGACAGUGAAAUCUGGAAUUUGCCUCAGAAAAAGGAUGACAUUUUACCUGCCCUUAAACUGAGUUAUGAUCUCUUGCCAUCCUAUUUGAGGCAAUGUUUUGCAUUGUUUUCCCUUUACCCAAAGGAUUAUUCAUUCCCUAGUUAUGAAAUAGCUGCGAUUUGGGGAUCACUUGGACUCAUUGCACUACCAAAAACGAGUAGAACACUUGAAGAUGUGGCAAAUCAAUAUUUGCAUGAACUCUUGUCAAGAUCCUUUCUCCAAGAUUUUGAAACCUUUGGCACUAAGUUUAGGUUUAGAAUACAUGAUUUGGUGCAUGAUCUUGCCCUAUUUGUUGCUACGGAUGAGUGUCUACAUGUGAAUUUCAAAAUUCAAAAUAUUCCAGAUAAUGUUCGUCAUCUGUCUUUUGCCGAAAGCAGUUUGUUCGGAAAUUUAGUCACCAAAAAAUCAGCAGUUGUGAGAUCCGUACUGUUUUCAAAUGGUGCAGCAGCUGCCAAGGAUGAAGCUUUACUAAAUACGUGUCUGUCAAAGUUCAAAUGCUUGCGAGUUUUGGAUUUACAUGGUUCGACAUGCAAGACUUUGCCCCGUGCCAUUGCUAAGAUGAAACAUUUGAGAUAUUUGGACAUAAGCGAAAAUCUCAACAUUAAGAGACUCCCAGACUCUAUUUGCAAGCUCCAAAGUUUGCAAGUGUUGUCAAUUAAGAGAUGCAAGAAGCUGGAAAUAUUGCCCAAAGGAUUAAGAAAACUAAUCAGUCUCCGUUCUUUGGACUUUAGCACAAAGCAAACUAUUUUGCCUUUGAACGAGAUCGCACAAUUGGGAUCGCUUGAAUACUUGGUCAUUGAUUCAUGCCAUAAUGUGGAGUCCGUCUUUGGAGGGGUGAAAUUCCAUGCUCUUAAAACAUUGGUAGUUCGGAACUGUCAGAGUCUAAAGUCAUUGUGGCUGGAUGGUCAAAAUUUUCCUGAAUUAGAAACAUUGAUUGUUGCAGACUGCGGUGAUUUGGACUUGGACUUGUGGAAGGGCGAUCAUGAAAAAGAAAGACCCAAACUGAAGUUAAAAUUUAUUGGAUUUAACAGUUUAUCACAGCUGGUGGCCCUGCCUAAAUGGCUUCAGGAAGCUGCCAAAUCCUUACAGUGCUUGUUUGUUUCAAAUUGUCACAAUAUUGAAACCCUUCCAGAUUGGUUAACAACUUUGACUGAUCUCAAAGCACUUGGUUUAAUAAAUUGUCCAAAUUUGGUAUCUAUGUCAGAUAACAUUCAUUACCUCACUGCACUUGAAAGUUUGAAAAUUAGAGGUUGUGCUAACUUAUAUAAAAAGUAUGAACCCAAUGUCGGAGAGUUUUGGCCCAAAAUAUCACACAUCAAGAACAUUGUGAUUGAUGAAAAAGAAGAACCUAUGAAGAAGAGCCAGACAUAGUCGGAAGCCCCUUAUUUUCUGGAUGUGUUUUUCAUAAUGUUGAUUUUUAUUUCUUUUUUGUGGUUUUGCACUUUUUCUCUCGUGAAAAUUAGUUAGAGCUAUUAGUCAAGGCAUUUCAAUUUAGAGAGACCUCCAUAAUAUAGUUGUGCUAUAUUUGCUCUUUUCAACUGCUCUGUUUUGUCCAUCAUUAAUAUAGUUAAGUCAGUUAGAUAUUGUCUUCACUUGUGAAACGUAAAAGUAGAAGACAUACAUAAAAGU